AUGAGCUCAAAGGGAAAUAUAGAAGUUAGCCAUUUAAUAGAAGAAAGAGAUAAAUGGAUAGAAAAAUAUGAGAAAAGGGAAUCAGAAUAUCUAGCUCUAAAGCAAAAAUUAGAAGAUAUCACACAGAAAUGUAAUAAGACAAAAGGAGACGAAAAUGAAGAAAUAAUCAAGAAAGACAUUGCAUUGAAAUACAAUCAUAUGGAAACACAAUGUGAAUUUCUGAACGUUCAAGUAAAUAUUUUAAGUUUAGAAAAAGAAAAGGAAAUAAAAAAAAACAAAGAGCUUGAAAUAAUUAUUAAUAAACAAAAUAAAGAAAUCAACUGCUACAAACAAAUUUUAGAGAAAUUAAAAAAUCUUAAUAUAUCAUUUAAAAAAAAAAAAGAGGAAGCUGAAACCAAAAUGCAUAUAAUGAUAGACAAUGAUUUGGUAACAAAAAAUGAUAAUUCUUUAUUAAAAGGAAUAAUAAAAAUAAAUGAUAAAUUAAUUGAUGUAAAUAAUAAAGUACAUUCUAACAUUAAUACUCAAUUAGAAAAAACGCUAGCUAAAUUGUCAUUAGCUAAUAAAAAAAUAAAAAAAUAUUACGAAGCAAUUAAUAAUAUGAAUGAAAAUUUUUUAAAAUAUAAAAAAGAAAAAGAAAAAAUAUUACUAGAAACAUUAAAAAUAAAUCAGGAAUUAAAAGACCAAUUAGAAAAAAAAAAAAAUAUAGAAAAAAGUAACAAUGAAUGUAAAAUUAAAUUAGAACAAUUUAUUGCAUCAAAUAUUUUGUUAAAUUAUUAUCAAUCUAAAUGGAAAUUGACUGAAUAUUGUAUGAACUUACUUUUAAAGUUUAUUAGCUCCUUAAAUGGAAUAAAUAAAAUUGGAUGGAUAAGUAAUGAAAUGUCUAAUUUGUGGAAUAGCCAUAAUGAUGAUAACCACAAUACUCACAACCUUUCGGAAGAAUCAAAAUUGCCAUCUCAUUCCAAUAACUUGUUUAGUGUACAUGUAGAAAAAAAAGAAGGAGAAAAUAGCUAUGCACAAUAUAUUGAGACAAUAAAAAAAAGUGUCUUAUCGAAUAAUUUUUCUGAAAUAAAAAUCAAAAAAAUUGAUUUAUCGGUAUCUGGUAUCGUAUUAAAUGACUAUAAAAAUAAAGAAUUAGAUUAUUUUGAUAAAUAUAUUCUUACUAAUAGUAAUAAUAUAAACUCACUAAAUAUUAUCCAAGUGUUAUAUUGUAAUAUUAAAAUAAUUCAUGAUAUUUUUGAAUGUGGAAAUAUAACUUUUCAACUUCUUUUAUAUAUAUAUGAAACUUAUUUAAAAGAAGUAAUAGAUAAUUUACAUAAUUCUUCUUAUUUAGACAAUUUAGAAAAAAGUAUUAUACGAUUUUCGAUAUAUUUUUUUAUGGUACUUUCUUAUUUUUUGUUAUAUACUCAAAAAUAUAUACAAAUAAUUAAAGGAUCAAAUAUUUUUUUCCAUUUUGUAUUGUUAUAUGAUAAAAAAUUCUCAUAUAUAUAUUCAUUAUGUAGAUACUUGCUAGAAGAAUAUAUGGAAAAGAUACGGAUUAAAUUAUUCAAUCAAAAUGUUGAUUAUUCAAUGUUACAACUUUUAACAGAAAAACUCAUGAACUUUUAUCAUUCCUUACGAGGUGAGAAAGAGGAAGAUAUAUGGGAAGAAAUGGAAGAAAAAUUAGAAGACGAAAUCGAUGUAAAUAAACAAAAUGUCAAUGAAAAAGAGAAAGAAAUAAAGUGGAAUGAAAAAGAAGAAAAAACAAGAGAAGAAACCAUAUCUUCUAUCGAAAUCAUAUGCUUCCUAAAUACAAUAACUGCAGCAAGUAUUUUACUAAUAAUAGACAAAGAUAUAUAUACUGAAUUUUAUAACUAUAGAGAUAUAUAUAUCCAAAAACAAAUUAUUGAAAAGUGCGAAGAAAUAUUAAAAUUAAUUAAAAUGCCUAAUAAUGUUUUAAAUUUUUAUUGCCCUAUAAAACAGUUUAAUUUUUCACCAAAAAAAUUUGUCACAUAUGCAACAAAAUAUAAACUUAUUCUUGUCAACAUGAUAGACGACACUAUACCACAUAACAAUGAUGAAAAAAAUAAAAAUUCUAAAAAAAAUAUAAAAAAUAUUGUAAAUUCUAAUUCAAUGGAUCGUAAAUCAAGUGCCAUAAUACAAAGUAUUAGUCAAUUCGUACUAGAAGAACUAGAAAAUGUUUUUCAAAAAUGUAGCAUACAUUCAUUUUUUGUUAAAAAAAAACAAGACGAAUUAUUACUAAUGCAUAUUUUCAAAAAAUAUGUAGAAAUGUACAAUUUAGAAAACUCGAAAGAAAAUAAAAAUAAUACAAAAUACGACAUAGACCAAAAAAAUGAUAUAAUAAAAAAUUUUGAACAAGAAUUAAAUGAUUCGAAAAAUUUGAUAGAGACACUUAACAAAAAAAUAAACAUAUUAAGUAUAAGAGAAGAAAAGUAUAAUAAAAUAAAAAUUGAUCUAGAUAUAUAUAAAAAGGAAAAAAAUGAAUAUGUAAAUAUUAUUAACGAUUUAAGAAAAAACAAAAGUGAAGCAUUAAAUCAAAUCACUUAUAUUACUAAACAAAAAAAUGAAAUCAAAAAUAAAUAUAAUGAACUUUUAAAAAAUCAUCAAAAAAAAAACAAACUAAAUGAAGUAAACCCAAAGCAUAUGGAAAAUUCUAAUAUAGACAUAUAUUAUAUGAAAAAAAUUAUAAACAAUUUAUACAACGAAAAUUUUUUAAAUAAAAUAAAUAACCAAUAUUAUUAUUUAUUUGAUGAUAAAAUUAAUUAUUAUAAUAAUAAAUAUGAAAAGGAUGGACAAUUUUUUAAUUUUUUACACACACACAGCGAGAUAAAAAAAGAAGAAAUAUAUGAUAUUCGAAAGGAAAGUAAAAAAAGUUUCGAUAAUUUCCUAACCAAAAUAACACAACCUGAAGAAAUACACGAAACACAAAUAAAUUCAGAUCUUAACAAUUUUCUUUCAAAAAAUAUUUAUUUUGCAGAUAAAAAACACGCCGAAAUAUAUGAUGACAUAUACAACUGCGAACUAAUUAAAUCUAGAUUAAACAUGCACAAGACAGAAUAUUUUAAAAAUAAAUUAUACAAUACAAAUUUUUUACAUUCUUUUAUUCCUAAUCAUAAAAAAAAUAACAAUUGGAUGCAAGAAAUCAUUCAUAUUAUUCAAAAAUAUAAAAAUUUAAAAAAUGAAGUAUAUAAAGAGAUAUUAAAUAUGCCUAUUAAUCUAAACAAUGAUAAAACAGUAUUAAAAAAAAAUAAGGUAAUGUGGAACGAAUUAUACUAUAAAGUAAUACAAAUUCAAAAUUUAAUAAAACAAUUUUGUAUAAAAAAUAAUUUAAAAAAUACAAAUCAUGAAAUAUCACAUUUAAAUAAUGUCCUCAAUAUUAUAAUAGGGAAUGAUAUAAACACUGAAUCGCCUAGCGAUCUACUUAAUAAUGAAAACAUAAAUGAUAUAAAAAUUUCUAAUAAUAAUAAAAAUUAUGAAUAUAAUUUUAAUACCAAUACGUGUGUAAAAACUGAUAUUAUACUUAAUGACAGUGCUUUUUCAUAUUUAAUUAAAAAUAUAUUCGAUUUUUCUACUAUAGACUAA